UAACAUUGAAAAACUAUUUUUAGCACUUACAAUCGACUAAAGAUAAUUCCGAUUUUUGAAAUAGUGCUUGAGCUGUAGGAGAAAUUGAUAUGUAUAAUGGAGGAAAUCUUAUCUAAGCCAGAUAUUGGAAUGGUGCAGCGAUAAGACGUCAAAAUAUGAAUUGGCUGCGGAUGAAAUAGGUGUGAAAUGUCGCUGCACGCUAUUGUGUUCUUUUAGUCUCAGAAAAAAUGGAAAAAUUAAUUCGAAUUAUGGUGGUGGGCGAUGGUAACACCGGUAAAACGUGUAUGCUGUUCGCCUACAAAGAGAAGAAGUACGAUGACACACAUCCGUCCACCGUAUUCGACACGUAUUCCAUGGAUUUAGAUAUUGAUGGAAAACCGCACAAGAUGAUCCUCACAGACACCGCCGGUCAGGAGGAGUACGACAAGAUCAGAGUGUUGGCCUAUAAAGAAUGCAAUGUUUUCGUGUUGUGCUACUCGGUGGAUUCCAGGACUAGCUUCAACAGUGUGCUGUCAAAGUGGUCCCAAGAACUGAGGUACUUCAGACCCAAAUGCAUCAUCAUUUUGGCUGCAACAAAAAUCGAUUUGAGACAGAGCAACCAAGAUUGUGUCACCGAAGCCGAGGGGUUGGAAAUGCAGAAGCAGAUAAAAGCAAACGAUUACGUGGAAUGUUCAUCUAAGUUGAUGUUAAACGUGGACGCGGUUUUCCAGAAAGCUGUAAUCGCCCAGAUUCGUCAGAAGAAAAAGAAGAAAUGUUCAGUUCUGUGAUCUCGCCAAGGAAAGAUUACAAUAUAAUUAUUAACUACUAAUACUACUACUAAUAAAUAUAAGUUGUAGCUAUACUUAUUUAACUAUCUUCAGUAAGAUUUAGAUUAAAGAUUUUUAAACAACAUCCAAAAACAGAUAAAAUUAUACCAACAUUAUCUAAUUGUAUUAUUGGAAUCAUGUAAUAUAAUAUUUAUUAUUCAUACUGUUAUCAU